UACUAUAAGAAAGGAACGAACGGCGACCAAGUCAUCCAGUGACUAUCUGGUUCCAACACGAACAGCUUCCCUCCCAAGAUGCGCGUUGCCCUCGUAGCAGUACUUGUGCUGGUGGUGGUCGCCAUGGCAAUGGCAGACCCCGACCCCGGGUAUGGGAAAGGGCAUGGCGGCCAUGGACACGGAGGGUACGGCAAGGGCCACGGCCACGGAGGGUACGGCAAGGGCCAUGGUCAUGGAGGAUACGGCAAAGGCCAUGGGCAUGGAGGGUAUGGUAAGGGCCAUGGCCAAGGUGGAUACGGCAAAGGACAUGGCCAUGGCGGAUACGGCAAAGGACAUGGUGGAGGCUACGGGCACGGAGGAUAUGGCAAAGGUCACGGUGGAGGUUAUGGGCAUGGAGGGCAUGGCGGUCACGGAGGCUACGGACACGGAGGUCACGGUUAUCAUUAGCGGCUGAGAACUACACCUCCGCGAUGUAAAUAUAUAAAUAAAAUAAUAUACUUGA